ACCCAGCUAACGAAUACAGAAGUCCUAGACCCUGUCCCUGUCCCCCUCGCUACAGGCAACAGCGACUCUCUUGAGCCUCCAGCGUCGACUCAGCUAACGAACAUGGAGGUCGUGGACGUUGAAACUACUCCCCUUGCUACAGGCAGCAACGACUGCAUGAAGCCUCCACCGUCGACUCAGCUAACGAACACGGAGGUCCUGGAUUCUGGCUCUGCCCCCCUCACUACAGGUAAGAGCAACACCAUAAAGCAUCAGGUGUUGACCCAGCUAACGAAUACAGAAGUUCUAGACCAUGCCCCUGUCCCCCUCGCCACAGGCAAUAGCGAUUCCACGAAGCCUCCAGUGUCGACUCAGCCAAUAAGCCCGGAUGCCUCAGAGCCAAAGUCCGCUCCUCCAUGGAUGCAUAUGUGCACCCCUGAGCAAUCCCGCUUUGCGCUGAAUUAUGACUACAGGGGGAUAUUUUCCAAGACCGAGUUAUUUUUGGCUACGCAGCAAUCCCUGAACGUGUCAUUCAUGAUUUCUCCAGCACCCUAGAUCAGGCGGUUGGUCUGUUUGCGAACGCCUGUCUCCCUAACACGUAUCAAUUGCGAUGGGAGAGCCUUGACACGGAGGCCCUGAAUCACAUCAAGGCGUGGGCACCAAAGGCGGAGCUGUACCUAGGUCAUCAGUACGGGGGACAUGGGCUACUAAUGAGCGCUUGCGUGUGGCGAGUUCUGUUCGACAAUCUCUUUUCGGAAGAUUGCCACGAUAAAUGGGCAGGGCAGCGGUGGGCUGACUACGAUAAGGCCCGUCGAGACUUUCA